AUGAACAUGUUGGGUGUUGAAGACGACGGCUUUCACGUUACACGUGGAGGCUACUCCCCUCUGAGUGACUCAGAAUGGGAGGUAGUCGGCCGCAUGAGUGUGCUCAUGGGCGAACCCGCCAUCAGUGGCAUAUUGGAGUCUCCAAGCAGAGACCAGCGACAUGCUGCUAUCAACAAGUUCCUACAAUGGGAACAUGCCGUCGAAAGACAGAAGAUAUCCUUGCUACAGCAGCAAGGCUCUCAUCAGUCGAUGGGCGGGCCAACGCACAUGCGUCGACCCGAAACCUUGAAGACUGAUAUCUCAAGGUACAAGGGAACCGAUGAAGAUUCCCUUUUAAGAUGGUUCGUCGAGUUAGACGACGCCAUCAGGACCCGUCACAUCGAAAGUGACGAGAUGCAAGUCACCUUCACCCUCUCAAAUUUGACAGGACGAGCAAAGACUUGGGCCUUAGGGCUCAAGCUUCACGACCCAAACAUGUUUUAG